AUGCGGUGGCCCGAGGAGCUUCGUGGGUUGAUUGCUAUAUGCAAUGCCAUGGCCGCCGAGCACGCGCUCAAAUCAAGGUCUGCCGAUCAUCAUGCUGCUGGAUCCAACUCGAACGCGACAUACACCGACCACGAUGCCGAAGAAUCAGCGACAGCGCCCACGCAGUCUCCGGAGGACAAAUCAACCACUCAAAGUCCCCCAUCAUCUCCUAACACAUCACUUUCAUGGGCAGAAUUUUGGGAUUCGUAUGAGGCUGAAGAGUUAGCGAGAGGGCUUUCACGGGAGGAACUGUUACGACGAGAUAUAGAACAAGCCGUCCUUGAUUUACGGAACGGCAACAUUUAG